AUUUGUUUUCCUUUCGUGUCAUAGUUUUCCACGAGGCAAAAGAGGAAAAUAGAAGGCUCAACUUUGCUCCACUGUUUACUUCACAAGGAUUUUGCCUCCUCUUUGGCUACUUCUUCUUCCUUUCUUUGGUUUUAGCCCCCUUCUUGGCAUUGUUUUAAUAGCAGCUGAGAAAACAAAGGCAAAUACAAUAUGGAUAAUUCCAAUGAAGCCUCCUCUUUUUCUUCGGCUUUGUGAAUAUAUAUAUUUACACACUUUAAUCUCUUGUUUUCAUUUUUACUUUCUGGGGUUGCUUCACCUUCUGCCAAACACAUCUAUGGCUGAAUACGUCUGUUUGUUUCACAAGGAGACAGUAAUUGUAAAGUCUCCCAAGAAGUCUCCAGUGUUCUUAAGGACAAUAGUUUUAUUGUUUGGUAUUGUGUGUGGUAUUUAUAUCUGUACAGUCUGUUUAAGGCAGAUAAAUACAGUUAGCAAGAUCAAAACUCAGAACCUCCAACUCAUUGAGAGUCCAUCUCCAGAUAGGAACAUUCUUGUACAAUUAGAAGCUCGAAUUCCUACCUUGCAUUACCCUAAGCCUCAAACUUUUAGCAGGGGUGAAUGCAUACAAAAUCCGGUACGAUUCUUUGCCAUAUUGUCGAUGCAAAGGUCAGGAAGUGGAUGGUUUGAGACUUUGCUAAAUAGUCAUAUUAAUAUAAGCUCAAAUGGGGAGAUAUUCUGUGCAAUGGAUAGGAGGAAAAACAUUUCAACAAUUAUGCAGACUUUAGAUAGAGUUUACAAGUUAGAUUGGUUCAAUAGUGCUUCCAAGAAUGAGUGCUCUGCUGCUGUUGGCUUCAAGUGGAUGUUGAAUCAGGGAUUGAUAGAGUACCAUAAAGAAAUAGUAGAAUACUUCAAUUAUCGGGGAGUUUCUGUCGUGUUUCUCUUCCGAAGAAAUUUGCUUCGAAGAAUGGUUUCAUUGCUUGCAAAUUCACAUGACCGUUAUGCUAAGCUAUUAAAUGGAACCCACAAGUCUCAUGUUCAUUCACAGGAAGAGGCGGCUGCUCUUUCAAGUUACAAGCCGAUAAUCAACUCUACAUCAUUAAUAAGUGAUCUGAGAGAAGUGGAGAUGGAUGCUGUCAAGGCUUUGGAAUACUUCAACAGCACCCGUCACAUGGUUGUGUACUAUGAGGAUCUUUUCACAAACAAUACGAAACUAGAUGAUGUUCAAGAGUUUCUAGGUCUUCCGCGGAUGGAAUUGACUAGUCGACAGGUUAAAAUACACAAAGGUCCAUUAUCUGAUUUUGUGAAGAACUGGGAUGAUGUGAUAAAGACGUUAAAUGGGACACAAUACGAGCGUUUCCUCCAAGCUGACUAUUAAGAACAACUCUGUCACUCUAACGUAAAAAAGGGCAUGGAUACCACAUUCUGUUGACUUUUCUUUCUUUACUGUAAGCUGACCGGAUAUUCACCCGAAUUGAAAUUUUUGGCUGCCGUGAAAAGCAUGAUGGUGACCACCCUGCCAGCAACCUCAGGUGAUCAAUACUGCGGUGAACUAUGUAACGUUUCUUUUCUCAAAGUCUAUAGAUCUUAUAGACAGCAUGUAUACAUCAGCUAAUGAAAAUUUGGGUGAACCAAUUGUUCAUCCUUAAUAA